AAGAGAGUUAAGAAAGAGAUAUCUAAAGUUUGGGAAAAAGUUACUGAUUGGUUGAUUGAGGCAGUUAAGAAAGAGAUAGCCAAGAUCGGGUAUUUCUUUUCCUAUGAGAGCCACAUCACAUCUCUGGAGACUGAAUCUCUGAAGCUGAAGGAAAUGAGAAGUAGGGUGCAGCAAAGAGUGGUUGCUGUGCGGAGGAACUUAGAAGUCAUUUCCUCCAACGUCCAUUCUUGGUUAACUAGUGCUAAAAAGACAACUGCUGAUGUGGAGAGUAUACUGCUGCGUAGAUCUGAGGUUGAAAGAGGUUGUUUCUAUGGCUGGUUUCCAAACUUAAAGUCACGCUACUUGCUGAGCAAGAGAUCUGAUGAAAUUGCACAGAAGGUGACCAAACUUCAAACUGAAGGCAAAGAAUAUGAUGUUAAAUUCUCCCAUCCUGUCGAAACUGGAAUUAUACCUAGUAAUGGUGGUGUGGAGCUUCAAUCCAGAAAAGAGAAGGAGGAAGAGGUCAUGAGAGCUUUGGAAGAUGAGAGUGUCUCUAUUAUUGGGAUAUGCGGUAUGGGCGGUGUUGGUAAAUCGACACUGGCUGAGAAAAUCAGAGAAUGCGCGAAGCACAAAAGGUUAUUUGAUGAGGUUGUCAAGGUAGAUGUCAGUCAGACACUAGACUUGCACAAAAUUCAGGGUCAGAUCGCAGGAGGAAUCGGUCUGACACUAACAGGGAACAAUUUGUGCGAAAAUGGAGAUAAACUGCUCUCAAGGUUAAGGGGCCCGGGCAGAGUCCUUGUAAUCUUGGAUGAUGUUUGGAAGGCUCUUCAGGAUGAUGUUCUACAGAAACUUGGAAUUCCCAUCGGUAGCAACCACAACAAUCAGUGCAAAGUGAUAUUGACAACGCGUAUCCGAAAGGUUUGUGAAACAAUGGAUGCUCAAAGUAUCACGGAAGUUGGAACCUUAUCUAAAGAAGAAGCAUGGGUUCUAUUCAGGCACUACGCCGGUAAUUCAGUUGACGAUCCUUCUCUUCGUGACAUUGCAAAAGCUGUUGCGCAAGAAUGCAAUGGGUUGCCGCUUGCCCUUAGUAUUGUUGCAGGAGCGCUAAAGCCUGAAAGCAAGGGUUUUUGGGAGGAUGCCCUUGUACAAUUACGACAAUCUGCACCAAAAACUAUUGAUAAAGUGAUUAAAGAUGUGUAUAUACCUCUGAAGCUAAGCUAUGAUCACUUGGAAAGUAAGGAAGCGAGGCACCUCUUUUUGCUUUGUUCCUUGUUCGAGGAAGAUAGUGAUAAGCCUGAAUAUUUACUAAAAUAGUGAAUGGGGCUUGGCAUCUUUUCAAGUUUAGAAGCAGCAAGAAAGAUGGUGCAUCAUCUGUUAAAAAUACUGAAAGAUCGUUUCUUGUUAACCGAAGGCUCCCGCAAAGGUCAUGUCAAAAUGCACGAUGUGGUCCGUGAUGUGGCUAUAUAUUUUGCAUCUGAGAGAGAGCAUGUCUUUUUGGUAAGUCACGAUGUGAAUUCAGAAGUGUUUCCAAGAGAAGAUGCUUACGAACAAUAUACUCACAUGUCGAUUGUUGCGAAAAGAUUAAAUGAGCUUCCUAAACCAAUAUCUUGCCCGAGACUUGAGUUACUCAUGUUAAAACUCUUUGAAUAUCGAUCAAUCAAAAUACAGGAUAAUUUUUUCGUUGGGAUGAGUAAGCUCAAUGUCUUAAGCGUGAGGGGAGCCAGAUACCGGGAACCCGUCCUGCCUUGUCCAGCAUCGAUUCAGAGGUUAUCAAAUCUGAGGACGUUGUGUCUGAGUAAUUUAUGGUUGGAGGACAUAUCCAUUAUUGGCAAACUUGUCAACUUGAAAAUUCUCAGCAUUAGAGAUUCUUCCUUAGAGGAGCUGCCAGUGGAGAUAGGAGAAUUGAGCAAUCUAAUUAUGUUAGAGUUUUGGAAUGAGGAAAAAUCACUUAAAAGGAUUUCAGAAGGGGUCUUAUCAGGACUAGUUCGAUUGGAGGAACUACAUGUGAUGGGAGUAGAAGAUUGUAGUUACUCCACCUUGAGGGAGCUGGAUUCCUCAUUGAAAUUGAGUGCACUAACAUUAACUAAAUGUUCGCGAGAUGUGAUUCACUGUAACUUGGCCCUUUCCUCCAAGUUGACUCGGUAUUCUCUAAAACUGAGCAACAACUCCACUUCCGUCAAGCAUUCUCAAAAACUGGGCAACAGUUCCACUUCGGGCAAGCAUUCUCCAAAACUGGGUAUGUACGACAGUAUUAUGGAUCUCGAGGAUAACGAGAUCAACCCAUUGGGUGAUUGGAUCCGCCGCCUGUUGAGGAAGAGUGAACAUGUACAUUCAAGAGGAAAUGGGUCCAAGAAUGUGCUGACCGAGUUGAUGUUUGAUGGAUUUCAGAACGUGAAAGAUCUCUACCUGGACGAUUGUGAUUAUGUUGAGCAUCUUCUCGACAAAAAUAUGGAUUCAUUGACACAUUUAUUGAAGAUCCACAGUCAGAACAAUAUUCCUUUCCCCAUACUCGAAAGCCUGAAAGUAAGCUGCUGUCGUAGUCUACAGUAUCUUUUUUCUCUUCCUUUGGCUGCAGGGAGUUCGACAAUAGCUUUCUCUGAUGAUGAGGAAGAGGAGGUCACUCGAAGGAGACAUAUAAUCAAGUUCCCCAAUUUAUAUGACAUGGAACUUAGCGAUCUAAUAUGCCUCACUCAACUUUGCAAUGACACUAUUGAGGGUAUUGAGUUCCCUCAAUUACGAGAAAUGGGAUUGUACUAUGUACCCCAGUUCAAAGGUUUCUUGCCGACAACCAGCAAUAGAACGUUAGAGGGCAGCUCUAUCACAGACUCAAAUACUCUUUUUGAUGAAAAGGUUUCUUGUCCCAACUUGGAAGAUCUAAGACUCUAUGUGGUUAAUAGCAUAACUACUUUAUGCUCUCACCAACUUUCAACUGGCUACUUCAGCAAACUUGAAAUAUUGGUAGUACUUUGGUGUAAAAAUUUGAGAAACUUGAUGUCUCCAUCAGUGGCCAGAGGUCUUCUGAAUCUUCGUAUGCUAGAGAUAGAAGCAUGUCCAUCAAUGGAAGAAGUGAUCACACAAGAUGAACCAGGAGAAGAAAUGACUAAAGAGUCCUUAUUUCCCCGUUUGGAAAAGCUGCAGCUCGAUCAUGUACAAAAGCUGAGGCAUUUCUUUCUGACGGAGCAUGCUCUAGAAUUUCAACUUCUUAGAGAAGUGAAGAUUUAUAUCUGCCCUAAAAUGGAGACGUUUGUCCUAGAAUCUGUUUCUUGUCCCUUCUUGGAAGAGCUAGAAGUCAUUGGGGCUGACAGCAUAACAGCUCUAUGGUCUCACCGAUUUCCAACUGUUGACUUCAGCAAACUUGAAAAAUUGAAAGUAUUUGGGUGUGACAAAUUGAGAAACUUGAUGCCUCCAUCAGUGGCCAGAGGUGUUCUGAAUCUUAGAGUACUAGAGAUAGAAGAUUGUCCAUCAAUGGAAGAAGUGAUCACAAAAGAGGAACAGGGAGUAGAAAUAACUAAUGCGUCCAUAUUUCCCCAUUUGGAAAAGCUGGAAAUCAUAAAGCUUCCAAAGCUGGGGUAUUUCAUUCUGACGGUGCAUGCUCUAUUAUUCCCAAAUCUCAGAGAAGUGAAUAUUAAAAGGUGCCUAGAAAUGAAGACGUUUGUCCAGCAGGGAUCUGUGAGUACACCGAGUUUGAAAAUGUUGACUGUAGGUAAUACCAUCAAAGAUGCUGAGUUGAAAAAUGAUCUCAAUAAGGCGAUUCAGAAUAUCUUCAAUUCUAAGCACCCAGGAACAAGAAGCUAGUGAUAUCGACGAAGCUAAAUCUAGUAAUGGCGGAAGCUAGUGCUGUCUACAAGUUCGGAGCUAACAAGGUAAUAAGUACUUAAUGACAGAGAAGUUAAUUGACUCUAUUUCAUGCCAGGAACAUUGCAUACAUUUGCAAUGUUAGCACCACCUGGACUCGAUGUUUAGAGCAGUCAUGGACUAUGUAAUUUUCUGGUUGUAAGUGAUAGGCUUAUUUGUUUUCUAGUACUCCUUACUUUGCUUGACAAAUGGAAGAAAACUUCCCUAGGAGGUGUGCUUCAGAUUUCUCAGUAUAGUUAUAGAGAGAGUUUGUUUGGUAA